UUACCUUAUUGUGAUGCCCAAAAUUCCCAAACAGACUAUCUCAACACUCAUAAUUCAGCUCGAUCUCAAGUAACUGGUGUUAGUGCAAUAACAUGGAACACAACUCUUGAAAAUUAUGCACAAACUUAUGCCAAUCAAAGAAUUAGUGAUUGCAAUCUUGUCCACUCUAAUGGUCCUUACGGCGAAAAUAUUGCUAAGGGAAGUGGUUCUUUCAUGACCGGCACUGCUGCUGUUAACUUGUGGGUGGGCGAAAAACCGUACUAUGAUUAUAAUAGUAAUAGUUGCACUGGUGGAAAAGAAUGUCGACAUUAUACUCAAGUAGUCUGGAAAAACUCGAUUCAACUUGGUUGUGCUCGAGUUCAGUGUACCAACGGCUGGUGGUUUGUUACAUGCAACUAUAAUCCUCCAGGCAAUUACAUUGGUCAA